UAAAAUGACUCUUCUAUAAUCUAUUCUUAUCUCGUGGGUCUCGCUGCUCUUAGAAUUCAAUAAAAAAUGCAUAUAAAACCAAAUUAAGGAUGAACUUGAAGAGAAGCACAUGCAGAUUGAUAGAGGUGGAUAGUAAAUAGAUUAAGAGAGAAUUAUUCAGCAAUGGAAGUUGAGCGGCCAUUGAAACUUUUGAUGAUUCCAUUUCCAGCCCCUGGGCAUAUGAUCCCUCUUUGUGACAUAGCGACUCUGUUUGCCUCCCGUGGCCAUCAUGUUACAUUCAUCACCACUCCCUCUAAUGUCCAUUUCUUUACCAAAUCUUUCUCCUCCGAGGAUCCCUCAGUCUUCCGCAUUCACACCGUCGACUUCCCCGCCCAACAAGUUGGCCUCCCUUCCGGCAUUGAAUAUAUGUCCUCCACCAUUGACCCUGACGCCGGUGGAAAAAUCUACAAAGCCGCAAUGCUCCUCCAUGGACCCGUUGAAGAUUUCACGAAGAAUGACCCAGCUGACUGUAUUAUCGCCGACUGCUUAUACCCCUGGGUUAAUGACUUGGCCACUAAACUUCGGAUUCCCUCCCUCGCUUUCACGGGAUUCUCCCUCUUUACCAUCUCCCUCGUUGAAUCCCUCAGAAAAAAUCAUAUGCUUCAUUGUGAUUCGGAUUCAAGUUCAUUCACCGUUACACAUUUUCCUCAUCGUAUCACCUUUUGCACAAAACCACCAAAGGAAUUCACAGGUUCCAUAGAAAUGAUGCUGGAUAAUAUGCUCAAAAGCAACGGGAUUAUCAUCAACAGCUUCGCUGAACUUGACGGUGAAGAAUGCAUUGAACACUAUGAGAAAAUUACAGGUCAAAAAGCUUGGCAUCUUGGUCCAGCUUAUCUUAUUCGCAGAACCAUUCAGGAGAAAGCAGAAAGAGGAGACAAGAGCGAUGUGAGCAUGCAUGAGUAUCUGAGUUGGCUCAACUUGAAACGAGUUAACUCAGUGUUGUACAUAUGCUUUGGAAGCAUAUGCUAUUUCUAUGAUAAACAACUAUAUGAGAUAGCGUGUGGAAUAGAAGCAUCGGGUCAUGAAUUUAUAUGGGUUGUUCCUGAGAAGAAAGGGAAGGAAGAUGAGAGUGAAGAAGAGAAAGAAAAGUGGUUGCCGAAGGGAUUUGAAGAGAGAAACAUUGAGAAGAAUAAAGGUUUGAUUAUUAGGGGUUGGGCACCACAGGUUAUGAUUCUGAGCCAUCCAGCAGUGGGCGCGUUUAUGACGCAUUGCGGAUGGAACUCGUCGGUGGAGGCUAUUGGUGCGGGAAUUCCGACGAUAACAUGGCCGGUGCAUGGAGAACAAUUCUACAAUGAGAAACUGAUAACUGAAGUGCGAGGGAUUGGAGUUGAAGUUGGUGCAACAGAAUGGUGUUUGGGCGGUUUUAGGGAGAGGGAGAAGUUGGUGUCGAGGGAAAGCAUUGAGAAGGCAGUGAGAAGAUUGAUGGACGGUGGUGAUGAAGCUGAGGAAAUCAGACGGCGUACUCGAGAGUUUGGGGAAAAGGCUAGAGGAGCAGUUGAAGAAGGUGGUUCAUCCCAUAAAAAUUUGUUGGCCUUGAUUGAUGAUCUUAAAAGAUUGAGAGACUUCAAGCAGCUUAAGUAAUUCAAAGAAAUGUUAGUGUUUUUUCUAUGGGUCUUGAAGCAAGAGUACAUGAAGAUUGAAGAGGAGUGUCGGUUUGCUACUAUGACAAAUUUAAUCUGAAUCUCAAAUUUGUAUUUUUCUUAACUAUGCUAUGAAUAUUUAUCCAUUUUCACUGUGUCGUUAAUUGUUAUGUUGAUGUCUUUGCAUUCAA